AUGACGGUCCGCAAGCCCGCCCAACAAGACCGUCUGAUCGGAACCGAGAAGAGCGAUGCAGAGCCCUUCAAAUUUAAUUUUCAUCAGCAUGUGUCACAUAAGUAUCCACAGGCGGAGAAUCAGCUUGUUGAGCGAAUUAGCUCUGCAAUGGCUCGGCAAAGAGCGAUCCUGAAAUACCGAGAGAGACAUCACCUAAAACUCAAUCAGGGCUUGAACAUUGGAGCCGAUGACAAUACCACAGUACAACUAUCAGAGACUGUCGCAAGUGCAUUCAAACUGGAGACACCCGGUCAGAAAUCAGAUGACCUGAUGAGCAACUCCGAUGCGUCCUUCACCUCAUACGCAGGCAGUCUGCUGUCCGGAGGCGAGAAACUGGCAAUUCCUGCAUUUCCAAGAGAAGCCGCAGAACGAAGACCGUUUGAAUGCCCUUACUGUUACUAUAUCAUUACAUUGAAAGACCGGCAGGCCUGGGCAAGGCAUAUAUUCCGCGACCUAUCGCCGUAUAUUUGCAUCUUCUCCGGUUGUCCGACACAAAACAAACUUUACGAGAGCCGGAAGGCCUGGUAUCGCCAUAUUCGUCAAACACACAUGGCGAGCCAGGAUGUACGAGGAAGCUACGCAUGUCCGCUAUGUGCUGAAGAUUUGCUUCCGAUGGCUUCUUUCGAAAAACACGUUGGUCGCCAUCUGGAAGAGCUGUCUCUGUUCGUGCUACCUCGGGGCACAGAGGAUGAUGAAGUCCUCGACGAUGAAUCCGGGAACGACGAACCAGAGCAUGGAGAAUCGGAUAGCGGCCAGGAAACCGAAAGUGGUGCAAAGCUUGGAGAAGACGAUGAUAUCUUCAUGACGCUGAAUGGGAAAACGAUGUGUUUUCCCAAAGGGUCUUUGGGAGGGAAGACCAUCAGUGUGCGAGCUGGCGAAAAUGGGACCUUGACCCUGGACGUUAAGAGACCUUCAGGUAGGGAUGAUGCAGCUACAAAAGCUACUGGGCUCGAUCCCUAUGUGGUUGCCCCAGAGGGCGCGGAAGAACCUGAAACUCGAGGCCGAAGAAUGUCUACAGGAGGAUCAAGCAACGUAGAAAGACAUCCCAGAGCACGAGACCGAGCAAGAUCCCGUCAAGCGGCCCCUGCGAGUGCCUCUCCACCACGAACUCAACGGCUGCGACAAGCCCUCGAUCACCUUCGGCCGCAGGAGGAGAUCGACCGGCGAACAGACCUCGAAGAUCUUAGCCUCCAGGAGGAAAUUGAACGACUCGAGCCCAGUGAGCACCAGCUCCAAUUUCUUGAGAGACUUGAGGCCGCCGAAAGUAAGAGUUCUGAGAAUGAGGAAAUGAAGAGGCCGCGUCUCGAAGUGGCAGAAGAGUACCAGAGGGCCAUUGAGGAGGAAGCAUUGCGGGCGCAGUUUGAGGAGAAGUUCAGGAAGGAAGAAGAAGAAAGAAUAGCGAAGGAGCGUAAGAUGAAGCAAGCAGCCAUAGAGGAGUGGAAGCUUGCUGAGAUCAAGAGACGUGAAAAUGAAUUGAAUGAAUCCAAGGAGCACCUGAGGGAUGAGUUUGGUUAUACCGAGGAGGAAACUGAAAGGAUCGUGAGGAAGAGAGCAGAGACAUCAAAGAAAGACAAGGGACGGGACGAGGACGAGCAGCAGCGCCGCGAUACGUGGAUCAAGGUUCACCGCAAGUAUCUUCUUCCAGACACGCUGAUGGCAUACCACCUUCCAUGGGACUGGGAUGAGAAUGACGGCAACUAUAUUAUCAUCAAGCAAUGGAUCGCCGAAGAUAUGCAGGAAGAACUUUUUGCGCACACCCGCCGCAUACGGGAAGGUCACUAG